AUGGCGGACGAUUAUAAGUUUAUGUGUCCACGUCCGCGGAGCUCCAAAGCUUGCGAUGCAUGUAGAACGCGCAAAAUCAGGUGUAUACCCAACGAGAAAGGCGGCGGGAUAGACGCCUGUCGAAGAUGCGCAAAGCUUGGAUACAAAUGUGCAGUUAACGGGAGUCUCCCUUCAUCAACAAGUGCAAACCGUUCCAAUGAUCGAGUUGUGAAGGCUUCUACACAUCAUGGCGAUGAUGUUGUCUCCGGACUAUUUCGAAACAAGCCAAAAGGAGAAGAAGAUGAGGUGACGCAGCUGCGCCAACUGCAUCGCGGUGUAUUGCAAGGCCGGAUUCUAGGCGAAGGAGAUCCUCGUACCCUAACAGACACCCAAUCCAGCGUCGGUGAUACUGUGGACUGUAAUUCUAGGUCCAGCAAGAUCAACUUGAAUAUGCACGAGGCCGAACAGCUACUAUUGCAGUUCAAACACCAAAGGGCAUACUUCCCGUUCAUCGUAGUACCCGAGGAGACCACGGCGGCGUCAAUGGCAUCAUCUCAACCCUUUUUAUUACUGGCUAUUCUGACCGUAUCCUUGACGCGAAAGCCGCUUCUGCAGAAGAGGUUGGAUGAACGAUUUCGCCGUGUGCUAAGUGAGAGGGUCAUAUUUUAUGGGGAGAAGAGCAUGGAUUAUGUUCAAGGAUUGCUGGUUUAUAUGGCGUGGCGUCCGUUACAUAUCCGACCGCUCAGUCGCCAGGGCUCUCAAUUCAUGCAGAUACUUGUGACUAUGAUAUCUGACAUGAAGCUUACGGAAAAUAUGCACGAUCAGGCUGCUCGAGACAUCUGCCUUGGGUGUUUUAGUCUUUCAUCUAUGUUAUCCGUUGGCUUCCGCCGGCGUGGUGAUGACGUCGCCUAUAAGUAUCUCAAAGAAUCAGUGAAUGCCAAUCAGCGAUCAAAUCAACCGUAUGAUGAACAGUUUCAACUCUCAAAACUUCAUGUCCUAUUCGAGGAGAUAAUGCGCUGCCAAAUGGAAUGUAGUCCUCUGAAAUGUCCAAUCACCAAACAACAGAGAGUCGAAGAGAAGAUGGAAUCUCUCCGCCUAGAACUUCAGAUAUUUGAACGAGUACAUGGUCCCAGCACCAGUAAGUAA